AAUACUUCACGUAGACAACUUCCUGGAGGAUCGUGUGAUUUAUAAUGCCAGGGGACAUAACUCAGAUUUCUUCCUUUCAGACUCCAUUGAACAAAUUCGCCGGCCUCCAAGCUAACAAUGGGUGUAGAGAUAGAAGUUAUACAACCUGGCGAUGGUACCAACUUUCCUAAAAAGGGGGAUAAGGUUAGCAUGCAUUACACAGGAACUUUAACGGAUGGCAAGAAGUUCGACUCUUCACGCGACCGAGGCAAACCUUUUCAAUGCAAGAUCGGUGUAGGUCAAGUUAUAAAAGGCUGGGAUGAGGCUGUUGUAAAGAUGACUGUAGGUGAAAGGGCUAAACUCACCAUCUCACCGGACUAUGGGUACGGAGCUGAUGGUGCCGCUGGAGUUAUCCCGCCCAAUGCUACCCUGAUAUUCGACGUGGAGCUGCUUGGGAUUAACUAGGUCCCGCCAGGAGGAUGACAUGGCCAGUGGAACCGGUCUCUACAUAUUCAGCGUCUUGAUGUCGUCAUCAUCUCUAUCAGAAAUGGAUUGUCACUGUUGUCACCAUAGAAACCCAAGCAUCAUUUCUACAGUCUUUUCCAUGUACCUCUUAUAAGCUGGAUGGCAGAGUCUUAAUGGUUCUUUAUAGCGUAUUCAGGUUCUUUUUAAUAGUACUGGAUAUCAGUUUGCGAUAUGUCUUAAUGACUGCUUCAUUUUCUGUGAAAGUGAUGGAGGAAAUUAACUGCACUCUGCAGUAGUCUGGCUGUUCUGUCUUACACUUUUCUUUCUCAAUAAAAGUCCUGAAUAAAA